AUGGAUAGAAGAUUAAGCAAAAAAGAAGAAGAAAGAAUUGUAAAUGAAUUAAAUAAAUUACAAAUGAUUGAAAUGGUUGAUACAUCAGUUAAUCUUACCAACAAAUGUUUCCAAUCCUGUAUCACCAAUUUCAGAAUUAGAAAAUUAGAUGAUGAAGAACAACUCUGUGUUUACAAAUGUGUUGAAAAGAAUAUGUUUUUCACUUCAGCUUUAAAUAACCAUUUCAUGAAAUUAUCUAAUGAAGGAAUGUUUUAA